CUGGAGGAGUCCUGGCUGGUGAUGUCACUGGCGGCGUCUGUGGAACUUGAAGAUCCGGUCGUAUUGGAAGUUCCCCGGACAGACGGGCCGGACCGGUCGGAUGUGUCGGACGUGUCGGACGUGGCGUCGACGUCGGACGUGACGUCACCGUCCGGUGGUGAAGUUGACGUCGCCGGCAAGGCCGAGGUCGGUGGUCGGAUAUCAAAGAUGUUCGUCGCGACCGUUCAGAGGCUGACGCUCGACGUGGUCGGAGGGACGGUUGCGUUUGAAGAAUCCGCACUGAAAACAAACCAAUAG